UACAAUGUGGAAAGCUACCCUGACCUCCCCCCGGAUUCACCUCUAAUGAGAAGCCAUGUUUCGGUCUCUGAGAGCCGUCCGGCGGUUAAACUGCAACCUCCUGACUUUACAAAGACUCAACGUCAACUCUAAAGUCCUCCUCUGCACGUCCAGAAUGGCCAGUUCAGAGUACAGGCUGGAGCGGGACACGUUUGGUGAGCUCAAGGUCCCGGCUGACAAGUACUACGGCGCCCAGACUGUCAGAUCCACUAUGAACUUCAAAAUUGGGGGACCGAGUGAGAGAAUGCCGAUCCAAGUGAUCAAGGCCUUCGGGAUCCUGAAGAGGGCGGCCGCUGAGGUUAACAAGGAGUACGGCCUCGACCCGAAGAUAGCAGACGCGAUAGUCCAGGCUGCAGAUGAGGUUUCAGCUGGUAAACUGGACGAUCAUUUCCCUCUGGUGGUGUGGCAGACUGGAUCUGGGACUCAAAGCAACAUGAACGUCAACGAGGUGAUCAGCAACAGAGCUAUUGAGAUCCUGGGAGGUAAACUGGGCUCCAAGGAUCCUGUCCACCCCAAUGACCAUGUGAACAAGAGUCAGAGCUCCAAUGACACCUUCCCCACCGCCAUGCACAUCGCUGCAGCCACAGAGGUCCACCACGUCCUGCUGCCCGGCCUCCAGACUCUGCACGACGCUCUGGCUGCCAAGUCUGAAGAGUUCAAAGACAUCAUCAAGAUCGGACGCACCCACACCCAGGAUGCUGUCCCGCUCUCGCUGGGGCAGGAGUUCAGCGCCUACGUGCAGCAGGUGAAGUACAGCAUUGAGAGAGUGAAGGCCGCCAUGCCCAGGGUGUAUGAGCUGGCCGCCGGAGGCACAGCAGUGGGUACGGGCCUCAACACCCGCAUUGGGUUUGCUGAGAAGGUAGCCUCCACUGUGGCCUCCCUCACAGGCCUGCCCUUUGUGACGGCCCCCAACAAGUUUGAAGCCCUGGCGGCCCACGAUGCUCUGGUGGAGCUGAGCGGAGCGCUGAACACGGUGGCUGUCAGCAUGAUGAAGAUCGCCAACGACAUCCGCUUCUUGGGGUCAGGACCCCGCUCCGGCCUGGGAGAGCUCAUCCUACCAGAGAACGAACCAGGAAGCAGCAUCAUGCCCGGCAAGGUCAACCCCACCCAGUGCGAGGCCAUGACCAUGGUCGCAGCCCAGGUGAUGGGGAACCAUGUCGCGGUCACCAUCGGAGGCAGCAACGGACACUUUGAGCUCAACGUCUUCAAGCCCAUGAUGAUCAAGAACGUGCUGAACUCGGCUCUGCUGCUCGGCGACGCGUCCGUCUCCUUCACCAACAACUGCGUGGUGGGCAUCCAGGCCAACACGGAGAGGAUCAACAAGCUCAUGAACGAGUCCCUCAUGUUGGUCACCGCACUCAACCCGCACAUCGGCUACGACAAAGCGGCCACCAUCGCCAAGACGGCUCACAAGAAGGGCUCCACGCUGAAGGCCGUGGCCGUGGAGCUGGGCUACCUGACCGAGGAGCAGUUUGACCAGUGGGUGAAGCCCAGUGAGAUGCUGGGGCCAAAGUGAACUGUGACAACACACAAGAAACACUACAAAACGAAGAAUAAAUACCUUUUCUAGUGCGAGAAAAGAGUAAAUGAAAGCAGUUGGACUGUAUGAACAAAACAUUUUCUGAAUCCUGAACAUCUCGUCUCUUAAUAAACAUUUUGAGAAUCCUCUGCUGUUGUUUGAUGCAGCUUCUUACUCUCACUGUUUUGCAUACUGGUAAAGAAUAAAUUACACUUCUCUGUCAGCGUGUUACAACAGUAAAUCCACCUAUUUGUUUGAAACCACAGGUUCAAACAAUAUAGUAGUAUAGUUGCACCUGUUGCUCAACAUCACAAGCAUGUUUAAACAUCAAUACAGUUUUUUUCUGUUGGAGUAAAAUGUGUGUAUUUAUCUACCAGCUUGUUGUUUUUUGGUAUUUUAAAGUCUUAAAUACUUUUUUUACCAUUAGUUGGUACCUUCAGGGCAGUUAAUUUGUUCACACCGUGCCAUCCCAAAUGAUUCAACAUGCACUGCUGAACCCUGUGUGUUCUGGUUUACAGUGUGUGCCAUUUGUGCAGCCUUCCAGUUCAAUUAAAUGUGUAUUCAUUAAAGAUUAAGUAUAUUCUGA